AUGGUCCUCGUUACUCUUGCAGCAGUGCUACUCGGGGCACUGUCGUCCCUCAAUCUUGUGUCUGUGAAUGCAGAAACUGCGCAUGGCAGAGUUACUGUUCUCAACGGGAUCCAAUAUUAUGUCGGUGACAUUGCAGUCGCACGCAUCCCGGAGGUCGCUGUGUCUGCCCCGAACAUACUCCCAGAUGUUGAUGUCCUGCCGAUAACCGUCAUGUCCAGCAAUUCUUCCUCGUUUACAGGUACCGAGUUCAAUGAAGCCGUUACUGACUAUUUGGCUCGCGAUGAUGUUUUCAGCACAUCGUUUCUAAAUAGUAAGAACCGACUAUCCAAAUCGUCCGAUAGAAUCAGGGAGAACGCUAACCCUAGCCUAGCUGUCUACCUGCGCUAUACCGGAGCUGCUUCAGCCGUGCCCGAAGUAGAUUCUAUUGCGGCUGAGCUCGACCAGCACGGUACAGCUCUUCUCCUCGUUUCGCCAUUGUAUGCUUUCAACACGCCUCAAGGUGUGACAAAAGCAUGCUUGACAGAGGAACUGCCGAAUGGGCCUUACUUUGUCUCUACCAAGUCCGGAGACGUCUUCGAAGCUCACCGUUUGUAUGAGGACACCCACUAUACAUUCCUCGAACCUGCCGUUCCCGACGGACAAGGCGGAUAUCGGGCGCUUUCGGUGACCACUGAGCUCCGAAUGGGUGUCAAGGAUAUUUUCCACGUCAAGGGUCUGCGAACAAGCGGCGGAAACCGCGCGUUCUACUCCCUUUACGAGCCUCGCAAUGCCACCGGAACCGCUGUCCAACGGCUGAUUGACCUCGGCGUCGUCUUUGUUGGUAAAAUGGGCACCGUUCAGUUCGCUAACGGCGACCGUCCGACAGCCGACUGGGUGGACUUUCACUGUCCUUUUAAUCCUCGCGGUGAUGGAUACCAGAAUCCAAGCGGUUCCUCGUCUGGCCCCGGUGCCGGAAUUGGCGCCUACGACUGGCUAGAUAUCGCCAUUGGCAGCGACACCGGCGGAUCAAUGCGCGGCCCCGCAGGAGCGCAGGGCUUGUAUGGGAACCGACCCAGUACCGGAGCCAUCGAUCUAGACGAGGUUAUACCGCUGUGCAGUGGCCUUGACACGGCCGGCGUUUUCGCGAGGAGUGCAGAGACCUGGUCGCGCGUUGUCAGCGUGUGGUAUCAGGAUUUUCGUGCAGACUACCCAUCAUACCCUGACAAGAUCUUCUACCCGAGCGCUUCCUUUGGGGAAGAUACUGUGUCUCGUCCGGAGGCUCGGAAUCUUAUUGAGAACUUCGUCUCGGAAUUUGAGAGAUUCCUUGGCGUCAAUAGGACGCAUGUGGAUCUGGACGUGGCUUGGAACUCGACAAAGCCAGCCAGUACACCGAGCACGCUCCAGGAUAUGCUGCACUACACGUACGGAACCCUGGUCUCAGUAUACCAAUGGCUACACCUCGGCGUGCCGUUCUUCCACGACUACGCCGCCAAACAUGACGGCCGCACGCCAUAUAUUAACCCGGGACCCCUGCUUCGGUGGAAUAUUGGGCGCGAAAGCGGCCAAGAGCGCUGGGAUGAGGCCUGGGCCAACAAGACCAUCUUCAAAAACUGGUGGAGUAGGGCAGCAGGGUUCGGAGCGCACAGCAAUGAAACCUGCUCUGAGGGCAUCUACAUCUAUCCCAACAGUGUCGGAACACCCAACUACCGUGAUGAAUACUUUGGACCUCCCACCCCUCCGUAUUGGGGAAUGUCUGAUAGCAACAUUGCUGUCUUUGCUGGUCUUCCUGACUUGGUUGUGCCCAUCGGAGAAAUCCCUUACAACAGCACAAAGUCGGGAAAGACAGAGUACUUACCCGUCACUAUGAGCAUCGUCGCCGCCCGUGGGUGCGACUUGAUGGUGGCGUCUAUGGUACGGGAGAUGGAGGCCCAGGGGAUCCUGAAGCCUGUUGCUACCGGGAAGAGGCUAUAUCCUUGA